GAACCUUCAUUAAGACAGUAUCUGGACGAAAAUACUUCAUCUUCGAUGGAAGAAAUGCUUCCUUCCCUUUCAGAAACUUCAUCGUCCUCAGACAUGCCUCCACCCUUUUUGUUUGCAAUGGAAUAUAACUUUACCAGGCAGAAACAAUCUCUCUCUCACGACAGAGAUUCCCCGUCCUCCUCGUCCUCCCCAUCCUCCCCGUCCUCCUCCUCUGGCAAAUCUGGGGAGCGUUUUGAGACGUGGAGGAAACACACCCGCAAGGGAAAUCCAAGGUGUCUUCCCAUUAACAUUAGGAAAGAUGACUUGGAGGGGAUUGACGAGGAUCGAAUGAGCAUGAGAGCAAGUCUGGCUGAUGCCAGUGCCGUGCAAAUAGAUGCAGUCCAUGCAGUGUUAAAGGAGAUGGUGAUUUUUCCACUGCUUUAUCCAGAAGUAUUUGAGAAAUUCAAAAUUCAGCCCCCAAGAGGCUGCUUAUUGUAUGGCCCCCCAGAGACUGGAAAGACACUGGUUGCCCAGGCCCUUGCCAACGAGUGCAGCCAAGGCGGCAGGAGAAUAUCCUUUUUCAUGCGAAAAGUAGCUGAUGGUCUCAGCAAGGGGGUAGGGGAGUCAGACCACCAACUUAGUUUGCUCUUUGAGCAGGCCCAUCAACUUCGUCCUUCCAUCAUUUUCUUUGAUGAAAUUGAUGCUCCCACGCGCUCAAGCAGGCAAGACCAAACCCACAGCUCAAUCGCAUCAACACUGCUGGCCCUUACGGAUGGGUUGGACAGCAGAGGAGAAGUUGUCGUCAUUGGAGCCACCAACAGGCUGGAUUGGAUAGAUCCUGCGCUACGCAGAGCUGGGCGCUUUGAGCGAGAAUUCCUUUUUAAACUGCCAGAUAAAGAGGGAGGAUCUUCACUUUGUUCCUAGGCUAGAAAAGAGAUUUUCAAGAUUCACACACGAAAGUGGACCCCUAAACCAUGUGACACGUUCCUUGAUGAGCUGGCUGAAAAAGCUGCUGGACACUGUGGUGCUGAUAUCAAGUCCGCAUGUGCUGAAGCUGCCCUCUGUGCUUUGCGGCGCCACUACCCUCAGAUAUACAGAAGCCCUGAAAAACUGCAGCUAGUCUCUUCAAUUAAAAUAAUAGCAAAAGAUUUUUUCAUGGCUAUGGAAAAAAUUGUACCAGCUUCACAGAGGUCUGCGGCUUUGCCCGGACAAGCAUUAUCACCCAUUUUUAAACCACUGCUUAAUAAGACUUUUCAGAGAAUUUUACAAGUCCUGCAGAGAGUACUUCCCGACGCAGAACUUGUCCUAAAGAAGGACCAGCAGCAAGAUGAUAUGAACGCUAUUUUACAAAGCGAUUUCAUCUGGAAUGAUGAGGAGUCACUUUCAGCCUUUGAAGAUAAGGAGUCUUUUCCUGAAAAGUCUUGUCGAAAGAAGAAAAACUUCCUUGACUUUUCUAGAAAUGCUUCUCGCCAGCCAACGUGUCACAGGCCAAGGCUCUUGCUGUCUGGAGAGACAGACCGUGGGCAAAGCUCCCACUUGGUGCCCGCAGUCAUACAUGCUCUGGAAAAGUUUCCAGUUUAUACCCUGGACCUACCAGUUCUCCUUGCUAGUGCCUCAUCACCAGGGGAAAUAUGUGCACAGUUUAUCUGAGAAGCUCAGAAGACAGCACUGAGUAUAAUUUAUAUUCCACGAAUCGAUAUAUGGUAGGAAACAGCUGGCGUUGCAUUGAAAACUACUUUUACACCGUUAUUAGAGAACAUUCCAGCAUUUGCUCCGGUUUUGUUGCUUGCAACAGCAAACGUGUCGUACAUGGAUCUCCAAGAUCAGAUACAAGAGUUGUUUAUUGAAGAUUAUGGAGAAGUUUUUGAUAUCCCAUUGCCUACUAAGGAAGACACAAGAAACUUUUUUGAGGACUUAAUUUUAAAUCAAGCUGCUAAACCUCCUGCAUCUAGAAAGAAAGCAACUCGGCAGGCCCUGGAAGUGCUGCCGGUGGCGCCACCGCCUGAACCUCAGGAACCACCACAGGGAGAAACGCAAGGGGCAGAGGAGCAGGAGGAGGAGUCCUUUGGUGCACUUAGCAUUUUCUUAAGGGAUGUUACUCUCAGACUUGCUACUGACAGACGUUUCAAGGCCUUCACAAACCCUGUUGAUGCCGAUGAGACUUAUACUUCAGAGUUAGUUGCAAUUUUAAUAGAGCUGUGUAUCAGUGAGACCAACUUCUUUGCUGUCCGUUCUUCAUUGCAAGGCUGCAGCUCUACACAGGAUGUGCCAUCUCACUACGAGGUGAUGCCACAGCAGCCCUCUGUUUCUGGAUGUAAUAAACAAGAUAACAAGUAUAACGAAAGAAUAGAGAUGCCAGUGAUGCUUGGAGCCUGCCCUAUACCACUGCCUAAUGUUCCGUCCAAAAGAAAACACAAAAGGAACAGUUGCACUUCCAGUGAUGAAACAAAGAGGAGAAAGAUUUUACAGUGGAGUAAAGUGAAUAGAAGUGGAGAAGACCAAGAGGAAGUAGAGAGUGAUGGAGAAGAGUUCCUGGAAAAUGGUGUUUCUAGCAUGCACGAGACUGAAG